AGCGUUGAGGAUCAGGGAGGGGCUGGUUUAUUGACAGGAAGUGUGUGAGAACUGAAAGCAGGAGGAAAACUGUGGACUUUUGCGCUUCGAUAAGUCGCGACGUCGAAGUGAAUUAUGACUUUUAAGGCCGACAACAGGCAAAGAUGCAAUGGAGGUCAAUAGUCGUGGGUCUUCUCGUUUUGAGGGUGCUGCUGAAUUGCGCGGUGUGGCUAGUGUUUGGACUGGGACCCAGCUGGGGCUUUGACUUCCCCAUCAAAUUCACGUUCAACUUGCAUAAGAUUGAACUUCUCCAGGAUGGCGAGCGAGCCACCGUCAAAACUAACGCCUGGUCACACGAUAUGUACGAUAACAGAAACCCUCAAGCAAAGACCUGCUCCAAGAUUAGUGGGAGUUCACCAAAUAAAUCCUACCUCAGCUUCUUUCAGGAGGGCAGAGAUGAAUAUGAAAGAAAGUACAGCUCCUUCCCUGACGCGCUGAAAGUCAAGAUGAGGGGAAUGGCCCGAGACAUGUUUUAUUUCGGAUAUGAUAACUACAUGAAGUUUGCCUUCCCAGAGGAUGAACUGAACCCUAUAGCUUGUGAAGGUCGAGGGCCUGACGUGCUCAACCCAUCAAAUAUCAACAUCAAUGAUGUCCUUGGAAACUACUCUUUGACCCUCAUCGAUGCUCUUGAUACGCUGUUGAUUCUUGGAAAUGUGACAGAAUUCCAUCGAGCUGUUAAGCUUGUGAUUGACACGGUCUCUUUUGACAAGGACUCCACUGUUCAAGUCUUUGAGGCCAACAUUAGAAUUCUAGGCAGUUUGAUUUCGGCCCACAUUCUGCUGACUGAUCCACGGCACCCGUUUGGGGACAUAGCGCUGAAAGACUAUGAUAAUGAGCUGCUGCACCUGGCACAUGACCUGGCCGUUCGACUACUACCUGCCUUUGAGAACACUAGCACAGGCAUCCCCUAUCCCAGGGUGAAUUUAAAGAAAGGCGUCCCUCCUGACAGUAUUAAUGAGACCUGUACGGCAGGGGCGGGCUCUCUGCUCGUGGAGUUUGGCAUUCUGAGCCGCCUGAUUGGAGACUCUACUUUUGAGUGGGUUGCCCGGCGCGCUGUUAAAGCUCUUUGGAACUUGAGAAGCAAUGAAACUGGACUGCUGGGGAAUGUGGUGAACAUUCAGACUGGUCAAUGGGUGGGAAAGCAGAGUGGUCUCGGUGCGGGCAUGGACUCAUUCUAUGAGUACCUCCUCAAGUCCUACAUCUUGUUUGGAGAGAAUGAAGACUACAGGAUGUUCUCUGCAGCUUACAAGAGCAUUCAGAUCCACCUGAGAAGAGGAAGAGAGGCAUGUAAUGAAGGAGAUGGUGACCCACCACUCUAUGUGAAUGUGAACAUGUUUAAUGGGCAGAUCAUGAACACAUGGAUUGACUCUCUGCAGGCAUUCUUCCCUGGGCUACAGGUUUUGAAUGGAGAUGUUGAAAAUGCCAUUUGCCUUCAUGCCUUCUACUAUGCAAUCUGGAAGCGUUUUGGUGCUCUUCCGGAAAGAUACAACUGGCAGCUUCAGGCCCCAGAUGUUCUUUUCUAUCCUUUAAGACCAGAACUAGUAGAAUCCACAUACCUACUCUAUCAGGCAACCAAGAAUCCUUUUUAUCUUCAUGUUGGGAUGGACAUUCUUGAAAGCCUUGAAAAAAAUACCAAAGUCAGGUGUGGUUAUGCCACUCUCCAUCAUGUGGUGGAUAAGUCCAAAGAAGAUCGCAUGGAAAGUUUCUUCCUCAGCGAAACCUGCAAAUACCUUUACCUGCUCUUUGAUGAAGAUAACCCGCUGCACAAGUCUGAGAGUAAGUACAUCUUCACUACAGAGGGCCAUGUAGUGCCGAUAGAUCAGCGCUUCAGGGAGAAAAGUUGGGAAGAACAAUUCCCUUGUGAAGAGCCUAAUAAUGAGCUCCCAGCCAACAUAAGCAACUGUGAAAGGAUUCCUGAAGAGCGACGUUACGGCCUUCCGCUAAAGAGCGUAUACAUGAGGCAAAUAGACCACAUGGUGGGGCUGUCCUGACAUCAGUACUGUCCCUGGACAUCUCAACACAUAUAAACCCCCUGGAGGGGUUCAAUAACUCUCCAGUCAGAGAACUUUUCAGUCUCUUUUUGCACAUGAAGUGGUCAACAAAUCAACCAGUACCAGUUGUUGUGUUUUUGGACAUAAAAGUUGUCUUCUAUUGCUAUCUAUCGUCUUAAUUUGGACCAGGUGUUUGGGUUUGGCUGCGUAUUCAGAUCACGCCAGCAAAGGUCCACAGCAUUAAAAAAAACACAUCCAUGGCAGUUUGGCUCUUCAGAAUCCUAAAAUCCAUUGCAAAACUGCUUUUGGUUCUUUGGACUGAUCGAUUUCUAUAUUGUGCAAUCAAGUGUGUUACAUGUUACAUGUGACACUGUUACAUGUUUUCUUCAGUGCCAUGUUUAUUGAAACUUGAUAUUAUAAAGGGCUUUACUGGGUUGAGAUGGUAUGCAUGUUUCAGAUUUUCUACUUGAGGAACAAGCUCUCAAAUAAGCUUUAUAUUUUCAAAAACAGUUGUUUUAUACGCCUUACAGGAACACACACAACAGAUGGGCUUCAUUUAAUACGAACCUGUAUUCUGAAAAAAUUUCACUUUGCAGUAUGACACAUUUUUUAUUUUUUCAUACUUUGUGCCUUGGUUUGCAAGGUGUAGAAUACUGUGGCCUUUUUUUUUUUUUUGCAUGAUUCCUCAUUUCCAGUUGUACCCAUUCUGUUUUUUGCUGUCAGUGUAUUGUGAUAAAAUUGGAAAGGUUUUGUUAUGUAGCAUACAUUGUUUGGUAAGGUUUGAAAUCUCCACUCGCAUGUUAUUUUAACAGAACAAACCUCAUAAUUUGGUACAUGCUGUGGAUACUCUCUCAAUUAGGUCUGGACAUCUAGUAAUUAGUCUCCGUUCCUCUAUUUUGUAUGUAAACAAAUAUGCAUAUUAACAGUGAAAUACAUCAAAAUUGUGACAUUUAUAGGACCAAAUAUUACAUUUAACAAAAAAACAUGUGCCUUUAACAAAUUUCAUUUUUUUUUCAGUCCUCAGGAUCAGUAGUAUGCCAUAACGCAGUCUCUGAUAAUGCAGAGGUGAUAUGCAUGUGCUGUGUAAGUAACGUUGUUAACUCUUUUAAUGUUUAAUUGUUGGUGCAAAUGUUUUCCGAACAAAAGUCAUAAAUAAGGGAUUCUGAGAAUGAUCAGUAUGAUAAGAGAAGAAUUAAUUUCUUUGGUAUUAUAGAUUAUAAUUUCCUUGUGGCACAUACAGAGAGGACACUCUCAUAAAUAGGGGUUAUAUUUAUUAAGAUUUGUUUUUAUCAGAUGCAAGUAUUAUCUAAUUAAAGUUGAUCAGUUUAAUGUUGAUUUCAUUGUGAUUUAACCUUUAGUCCAAAGAGACAUAAAGGUGAACAUCUACACUGUGCAUUGUAUCAAAUCAAAAUUAAAACCAUGACUUUGCAAAACUG